AUGUCUUGUGCAGCAUACUUAGAUGGCAACGCAACGCCAAAGUCCAUGAGCAGAGCCAAACAAUGGACUGACGAGGUGGAGAACUUAUACAGAUUCCAACAGGCAGGCUACAGAGAUGAACUGGAAUACAAACAAGUAAAGCAAGUUGACUUGGUAAACAACUUAAAUGAAUCCUUAAUCACUGGCUAAAAGCAUUGCCACUGACAGUUGGUUCAUUACAAGAUGAAUGUGUCACUAUGGAAUUGCUUCUUUGUCUUAGAUUGACAGGUGGCCUGAGACUGGGUUUGUGAAGAAGCUUCAGCGUCGAGACAACACAUUCUAUUACUACAACAGAAAAAGAGAAUGUGCAGACAGAGAA